CGCACCCUCGCCGACUUCGAGAACCUGCAGAAGCGCGCCGCGCGCGAGAAGCAGGCCGCAAAGGACUUUGCCCUCCAGUCGUUCGCCAAGGACCUCAUCAGCGAGAUCGACGUCCUCAACCUCGCCCUGCGCUCGAUCCCCGAGGACCGCGUCACGGCCGCCGACAACGCCGACCUCAAGGGCCUGUACGAGGGCGUCGGCCUCCUCAAGCGCGGCCUCGAAAAGGUCCUCGGCCGCCACGGCAUCGUCGCCUUUGACCCGACCGGCGAGCAGUUUGACCCCAACCGCCACGAGGCCCUGUACCAGGCCCCGGUCCCGGGCAAGGAGCCCGGCUCGGUCCUCGAGUGCCAGGAGAUUGGCUACAUGAUCAAGGAGCGCCUCCUCCGUCCCGCAAAGGUCGGCGUCGUCCUUUCGCAGGAGUAG